AAAUUCGAGAGCUUAGGUCAGGUUGCUACAACAGUAUCUAUAUUAGACCUUCAACAUCUUGUCGUUCUGGCCAUGGCUGGCCCGGCCGUCGCAUCUCCGGAACCUGCGCAGGUUGGCACGAGAGUGUCGAAGAGGGAGCAAGCAGGUCUGGCGACGAUGCCCCUGGACAUCUCCCUCCCUCGAGGACACGCUUCAGAACCGAACGGGCACAGUCCUGGCACACCUUUGAGCAACGGCAACAGCCUGAGAACGCGCUCACGGGAGCAGUCGCCUACAACAUAUCAUGAUGCAGUGGAGGACAGCGGAAUAGAGUAUGUCGACGACGAUAACAGCUCUGAUAGCGGGAGCGUGGCGUCCAUCGAACACGACCAGGGGGAAGAGGGAGGUGCAGGCACAGCCGGAACGCACCCACUUCACGGUCUUCUGGAGUCGAAAAUUGCGGAGUUGGAGAGUAGUACGUCGGGCAAGUUGGAUGAGGAGGGGAAAGGGAUCGCGAAAGCCCGGAAAAGGCAGGUGAGGGACUUUCGGGCGCUGGUGGAGGCAACGGACCGGACGCCAGAUGAGAAACUGCGGGUCCUGAAUGGCAAGUUUAUGCAACAGUUGAACGAAACGAGGGCGCUAGAAAGGGAGCUUAUGGCGAUCCGGAAGAAGUGUGAGCAGCUUCACAAGGAGAAGGACACUGUUGUGAGUGACCUCGUUAAGGAGCAGUCCAUGAAGCAGAAGCUCGAGUCGCUCUGCCGGGAGCUCCAGCGGCAGAACAAGAUGGUCCAGGAGGACAGCAAGCGUGUUGCGUCGGACGAGCAGAACAAGCGGCAGGAGUUGUCGACCAAGUUUCACAACACGAUCAAGGAGAUCACGUCGAAACUGGAGGACCAAGGGGACGAGAGGCUGCGGCAGCUCAAAGAAAACGAGAUGUUGCGCGAGAAGCUGAAGCACUUUACGCAGCAGUACGAGCUGCGCGAGCAGCACUUUGCGCACCAGCUGCGGACCAAGGCGCUCGAGCAGCAGUUGGUGGAGGCCAAGCUCAAGCAGCAGCAGGAGAUGGCCGCGCAGGAGGAGACCAAGGUGCGCAUGUACACGGAGCAGAUCAACGCGCUGCUCAAGACGGAGGCGGAGCUGCGCGGGCAGCUCGCGAUGUACGGCGACAAGUUCGAGCAGUUCCAGGACACGCUGACCAAGAGCAACGAGGUGUUUGCGACGUUCAAGAAGGAGAUGGAGAAGAUGUCCAAGACCAUCAAGAAACUGGAGAAGGAGAACGCGGGCCUCCGCGACAAGGGCCAGAAGAGCGACCUGGCCGUCGUGGACCUGGCAGAGGAGAGGGAGAAAUGGAAGAAGCAGGCAGAGACGCUGCGGGCUCAGAAGGAGAAGCUCGAGAGCCUGUGCCGCUCACUGCAGAUGGAGCGUAAGAAUGCGCUCGCAAGCGGAAACAGCAAGCCGCAGGCGUCUGCGCCCGCUCCUGCGGGAAAAACAGCCGCAGGGGCCGAGAGUAGUUCUUGAGUGACGUCGUUGUACGGGGCAGUGGUGCCAAGGGUAGGACACGGAGGAUGGUGGAAACAGCGAAACAAUUUUGAAAAGUUCUUAUUUGUCACACUUGUUCACAACCUGUGACUGCGAUGGGCAAUCGAUGGUGACGCUUCAGGAUCGUGACGCCCGUUUUGCAGCCUUACGCAACUUCACUCGCCAUGUUUUGUGGGACAAUUCGUUGAUACGGCCCUUUCUGUGAAGUUCGAACAUGGGGC